CUUUACAGCAUUAAAUGCAAGUAAGGAGAAGAAGAAGAAGAAAUACUCUGGCGCUCUUAGUGUCAAGGAGAUGCUGAAAAAGUUUCAGAAGGAGAAGGAUGCGCAGAAGAAAAAAGAUGAAGAGCAGAAAGUGUCAACUCCUUCACUGGCAGAACCUCCAGCCCCAAGGGAGACGGAGGCGAUGCCUGACCCUUUGCUCUCGCUCUUUGGCCAUGCCAGUGAUAACGACCUGCUUCAGGCAGCGACGGCUAUGGACUCGUUAACUGACCUAGACCUGGAGCGACUCCUCAGUGAAUCCCCAGAAGGGAGUCCUUUUCCUGAUGUGGAGGAUGGGAGCGAUCCUAUUGGGACGGGUGUGGAACAGGAUUUCAAGCAACCACCAUCCCUCCCAGAAGGCCUGCCAACUCCUUUGGAGAAACGCAUCAAAGAACUGGCUCAGGCCGCCAGAGCUGCAGAGGGAGAAGGCAAACAGCGAUUCUUCACUCAGGAUAUCAACAACAUCAUACUGGACAUAGAGCUGCAGACCCGGGAGCUGAACAGCCAGAUCCGGUCAGGGGUGUAUGCCCACUUGGCUGCUUUCUUCCCGUGCAGUAAGGACACUCUGGUCAAGCGUGCCCGUAAGCUCUAUCUCUAUGAGCAGGGUGGCCGAUUGAAGGAACCUCUACAGAAGCUGAAGGAAGCCAUUGGAAGGGCCAUGCCAGAGCAGAUGGCCAAGUACCAGGAGGAAUGCCAAGCCCACACUCAGGCCAAGUUUGCCAAGAUGCUGGAAGAGGAAAAGGACAAAGAGCAACGAGAUCGAGUUUGUUCUGAUGAUGAUGAGGAUGAAGAAAAGGGAGGGAAGCGCAUCAUGGGACCACGAAAGAAAUUUCAAUGGAAUGAUGAAAUCAGGGAGCUGCUUUGCCACUUGGUGAAGAUUAAGUUGGAUGGUUAUGACCUUGACAAGAAUAAGGCUCAGUCUCUAGAGGAUUAUGUGAAGACCUUCCUAGAUGGAGAGGUGAAGCCCCUUUGGCCAAAAGGCUGGAUGCAGGCCAGGACACUGUUUAAGGAGAGCAGGCGUGUACAUGGACACCUCACAUCAGUCCUGGCGAAGAAGAAGGUUAUAGCUCCUACUAAGGUGAAAGUGAAGGAAUCUUCCUGCAAGCUGGAUAAAAAGGUGUCAGUUUCCGUUCCUUCGAUGCACUCAAGCAGCACCUUAGCUCUGUCUUCAGAGCCCCAGGGGGGAGCUCUGGGUAUCAGUGCCCAAACCAGAGAACUCUUGUCCCUUGGGACAGCCCAAGCAGCCAGCAGCACUGGCACUCCUGCUGCCUUCAUGGAUGACUCCUUGGAUGAGGACUUAAUUCAUAAUCCCACUUCCUCUCUCGAAGCAGUCUCUAAGGAGCUGGCUGUGCUGAACAGCAGAGCGGGAGGGAGCCCUGACUUUACUCUUUCUGGAGCUCCAAAAGCUCCACCAGAGAAGAUCUCAUCUCUUGCAUCCUCAGAGGAGAAGAGGACAUUUCCAAAGUCCAACCCUUCCCCUACAUCCUCCUCUGGUUCACUCCAGUCUCCUCUAAAUUUCCUGGCUGAGCAGGCCCUGGCAUUGGGCCAGUCUUCUCAAGACAAAAAGACAGAGAACUCUAAUUACAAAGAGCUCUCCUGCCAAGCCUCCCCCAACAAAAUCCUUCCUGAUGCACACCAGGCUAAACAGAAACACCACAGCCUGAUCCGGCCAAGCCACGGGCCUCAGACCUCCACCCCAGUGCCGGGUUCUCAGGUGAAGGUCUUUCACUCAAGCAGCCAGCUACAGAAAACUUUCACCUCCCCGGCUCCAUUUGUCAAACUGCAGAAUCCCAAGUCCUCCCCACUGCCCCAACGCUCCCUUCUCCAGCAGGUCAAGUCAUCAACCAAAGCUCAGAGCUUCCAUUCCUCUGCAUCACCAGGCAGCACCCAAAACUCCGGCAGCUCCCACAAGAGCCCAGGCUCAUCCUCAUCAUCUCUCAGCUACACAGGAAAACACUCAAGUGGCUCUAGCUCUUCAGGACAAUCUUACAAAUCACCCUUUGUUUCUGGUUCCCUCUCCAAGCACGGGGCUUCUUCCAGCAGCUCCUCAUCUGGAGCUUCUGCAAAUCAGGGCUGUUCCUCUGGGAACUUGCUGCCCAGUGUGCAGACGCCUUCCUCAGGCCAGGCGUCCAGCCGCCCAUCCUCAAGCUCCUCGGUGAAGAAGACGCCCGUUUCGCAGAAGCUGACUCUGGUGGCACCUCCUGGAGGUUCAAAUGGAGAUUCUAGCGGGGGCACUCAAGGAGUGGCCAAAUUGCUGACCUCCUCCCUAAAGCCAGCUGUUGUUAGCAGCACCGCAUCUUCUACCUCUGUGCCGAAAGGAACUAGUGGAGCUGUGCUGCUAACAAGUUCUUCCUCCUUAAGUGUACUGGCUCCAUCCUACAAGUCCAGCAAUCCAAAGCUGCCAGCUGCCCUGAGCUCCACCCCAUUAGGUAUUAUCUCUCCUAUUCAUUCUUUCCCUCUUCAUGUCAUCUCCUUCAGUUCAGACUCCUCCCCAAAAGCAGGAGUGUCAAAGGAUGCAAUAGUUACAGGACCUGCUCCAGGAACUUUCCACCACGGCCUUGGCCACAGUCUUCUGGCUGGCUUGCACUCCAGCCCCCACCAUGCAGCGCCACUCCCACAUUCUGCCCUGUCCACUCAUUUACCACAAAGUUUGCCAGAUGCUUCUCAGCUUCACGGCAAAGGGUCCAAUGCACAGCAGCGCAAGUUGUGA